CGGUUCCUUAGCAACCACUGGAACGCGGCGUUUCCGGCUCGCGGACGGAGGGGCGGGGCUGCGGCGAACGGCACGGAAUCGCGGGGGAAACGAGGCUGCGGAGCGGUCUGUUCGGCGGCGCUGCCGCGAUGCCGGCAGUCACGCUGCGGGUCCCGACGCCGUAGCGACUGCCCUCCUGCUGCUGUCCCUGGGCGCUCCCCGCUUCGCCGCAACCGUCCGUCCCGGAACGUGCGAACCAGUGUUCACCGGCUGACGCGCCCGUUCCAGCACGUGGGGAAGCCCAGCUUCGGUCACUCAGUGUUCGCCGCUGCUGUGGGCGCGGGAUGACGGGCGUGGAGCUGUUCUCGCACCCCACGCUUCACACGCGCUACCGCGCUGGGCUCUGCUCCGCUGCCGUGCUGGCGCUACUGCUCAUCGCCGUGCUCACCUACGUGCCGCCGUUGCUGGUGGCCUACAGGAGCCACGGUUUCUGGCUGAAGCAGAACGCGUACCGAGAGCAGCCCACGGUCCGGUUCCGGUACGAAGUGCUUUUCGUGGCCACCACCGGGCCUGGCCCGGGUGGCUUCCUGGCAUGGAGCACGUUCCCAGCAUUCAACCGGCUCCAGGAGGACCGGCUGCGCGUCCCGCUCCUGUCGACUAGAGAAGAAGACAAAAAUCAAGAUGGCAAAAUGGAUCAGUUGCAUUUUAAAUUGGAGCUUCCACUACGACCUACAGAGCAUGUAGUUGGUGUUCAACUGAUUUUGAUCUUUUCCUACCACCUUUAUAGAAUGUCGACAUUCGUGAUGCAGAGCAUGGCUUUUCUUCAGUUUUUUUCUCCUGUACCAGGAUCUCAGCUCUAUGUGAAUGGAGACCUGAAACUGAACCAGAGGCAAUUACUUAACCAUUGUGGGCUAGAUACUAGAUACAAUGUGUCUGUGGUCAACGGCACAAGUCCUUUUGCAAGUGACUAUGAUCUAAAAAACAUCAUUGCAGCGUAUCGAGAUAGAAAUGUGACAACAGUAUUUUCAGAUCCUAACCCCAUUUGGAUGACUGGAAGAGCAGCACAUGCACCAUUUAUCGUUAAUGCCACUAUUCAUUACCCAGUGGAAGCUAUCUUGUAUCAGCCAGGAUUUUGGGAAAUGAUUAAAUUUGCCUGGAUCCAGUAUGUCAGCAUUCUCCUCAUCUUUCUUUGGGUGUUUGGUAGGAUUAAAAUGUUUGUGUUCCAGAAUCAGGUGUUUGCUACGACUCCAGUUUCGCCAAUUCUGCCAUUGUCUCCGGUAUUGUCCUACAAACAGCAUCAGUCCUGAGGAAACGACUGAAAACUUUUAAGAAUGUGGUUUAAAAAUAAGUACCUACUUUCUUUCUCUGUACAUUUUCUUUUUUCUUUAGAAGAUCAGAACCUUGUAAGUAUGUUCUGUUCUUGCUACAUCUUGUGAUGAAAGGAUGUCAUUUUCUUUUUUUAAAAUGUGUGCGUGUUCAUGUAUUUCUGUAGGAACAUUGCCUUGGGACUGAAAUGUUUAAUUUUGAACAGUUAAAGAAGAACUUGGUUUGUGG